UUGAUUUUCCUAAUUUACAAAAUCUUCACAAUUUUCUUUAAAGUUCGCUUUGCAAAUGACUGGAAGAGCGAAAUAUUUUACCAAAAAGCUUGUGAGAAAAGGGGAUGGCUUGGAGUGUCCAAACGAAGGCUCCGUCUGUUUGAUAAAUCUUCAGGCGUUCCAAGGAGAAGAGAAUCCUUUAUUUGAAAAGAAAGAUGAAACAUGGAUUAUUGGACAAGACUCGGGUUACGUGUCAGAAAUCAUCAAUGAAUGUUUGGAAGAGAUGCGUACGGGUGAAAUAUGCAAAGUAUCAAUCCAUCCCUGUCAAGAACUCCAAGAUCAUUUAAAGAAACUCGACACAUCAGAAAAACUUGCCAUUGAUCAUCAAAUAGAGCUAGUUUCUUUCACGAAGGCAAAAAACAGCUGGGAGUCGACAUUUGAUGAAAGAUGUGACUAUGCACAAAAACAAAAGGCGAAGGGGACAAGAUAUUACAAAGCAGAUUUAUGGCUAUUUGCAGCCAGGCAUUACAGCAAAGCAUUAAGAAGCCUAAUAAUAUCAAGAACUCAGUUGCCCAGUGAUAAAAGCAUUGAAGACUUUUCUUUAUUACAGGUGCAGUGUUACUUGAAUCUCGCGGCUUGUCAGUUGAAACUAGAGAGGUACCAACAUGUCAUCGAAAAUUGUACUAAGGUACUUCUAAAUGAUUCUGCUAAUAUCAAGGCACUUUACCGACGAGCUAAGGCAUAUACUGCUCUCAAUGAUUUUGAUGACGCAAGCGCUGAUCUAAACACGGCACUGGAUCUUGAACCAAAAAACAAAGAAGUCACACUAUUACAGAAUCAACUGAAUCAAAAACGGCAACAACAUGAUCAGGUCACAGCUAGAGCGAUGGGGAAAAUGUUCCAGAAUUAAUUGCAGCUACUGGGUCUGCGUGGGGUGUCCUUCUUAAAAGCACGAAAGAAACCGAUUGUCUCGAAGCAGAGCUGCGUGAAAGUGCAGGAACAUAAUACGUAAAUCUCACCAGCAGCUUUAACCAUAAAAAAUGUGUCGAGUCAGCAGCAAAAUGUGGCCCAUAUAUAUAGGCUUCAUUUGAAACUAUACUGAUCGUGUCUUGGGCAAUAUUCUGUUAGAAAACUAAACUUGUUUAUACAUGUUUAUGCAUGUUUAUGCAUCAUAACGGAAAAUAACAAGUCUAUUUUAAAUUUAAAAGCAAAGUAAAAAUAAUCCUUUUCACGAGAUAUAUCUCGUAGUACUAUACCAUAAUAAAUAUGAGUAUCAUAAAUCACCAAUUAAAACAUGUUUGAGUUGAUUGACAUAUUAUAAAAAUAAUGCUUAGUCCCACUCAUAGUUCUUGACUGAGGCAUGUAAAAUCUACAGUUAGUCAAUCAGCAGGCCAAUAAAACUUACGGUUAAAAAAACAGUUGAUAUUUUAAGAUUUAUAGAAACCCCAAGAUACUUUUGUAUAGAA